AAAAUAUGAUAAAAAUUUAUUACAGUCUACUAACAUAUACGAUGUCAAAAUUUAUAUCUGGUUUAUUAAUUCGUACUUGAUAAAUCAAAACAAAUGUCUGGUUUAAUCAAUCGUACGACCUUGUAUCCUCUUCAUCUUCGAUCAUCAACGAUUUUUGCCGAAAUAAAAGGCUUUACAUCAAGAACAACAGCAAUUUUAACUUAUUACAACCAUAAUCGCACUAAUAUCGAAGGUCUUUUUAUUUUGCCACUGACGCAUAACAGUACCAUAGUGGAGUUCGAAUGCUUAGUGGAAGGUCACUAUAUAUCGGCUAGCAUUAAACACAGUAAAGAGAUAGAAAAUAAAGAAAUCUUAUUUGGUAAAGAACAGAUGCACGACGACGUGUUUAAUAUUUGCAUCGGCAAUAUAGCCCCAUGGGUUUUGGUGGAAAUUCAGGUGACAAUAGUUAGUGAAUUAUGCAUGACAUUAAACGGUGACGCUCUUCAUUACAAACUACCGCAAACAUUCUCUCCUAAAAUCGUUACAGAAGUUGAUGUAAAACAUGCUUAUAAAAUGAGAGCCGAAUCUACUUUAGGAUAUAGCUUUCAAAUCGAAAUGCUUAUUGAAGCACCGUGUUUGUUAUGCGGUAUUCAAUCAAACACUCAUCCUAUACAAGUUGAUGCGCCUCCCUUUUCUCUAUCUGGAUCAAAACUUCGGGUAUCAUUACCAGAAAACUACACUCCAUCUGACAACGUAUUUGAACUUGUAAUGUUUUUGUGCCGACCACGAGAACCGUAUAUAUUUAUUGAAGAACCAAGUGAACAAAAAAACGCAAAAAUUAAAACAAAUCCAAUUAGUAACAUUAUGAAUAACCCAAUAUUAAUGCUGAGCUACUCUCCGGAAAUUUUAAAUCAGUAUGACGAACUAAACCACGAAUCUCCAAUAGAGCAGAUUGGCGAGUUCCUUUUCAUUAUUAAUUGCAAUAUUAUUAACGACAUGUUAAAAAACGAUUUAAGAGAUAGUUGGAUAUUAUUAAUGAAAAGCCUUCCUGAAAACUGUUACUUUAAUGUAUUUCAUAUAAGUAAACAACCACUAUUCUCUUGUUCCCAGGUAAACAAUGAAGAAAAUCAUAUUGCAGCAAUUGAGUACAUUGGAGUGGAAACGAAUAUCCAAAGACCACCAUCCUUACUUGAAGCUGUUGAAUGGCUUUAUAAUACAGAUGAAAUCGAACAUGUUCCUAAACAAGUAUUGCUGGUAACUUUGGGUAACUUGUUCCAAUGCAAAGAAACAUUAGAAGUAGUAAAAAAAAAAAAUUACAAAGCUCGGAUUUUUGUAUUUUGCAUGGAAAAUGAUAAUGAAAUCUUCUUUCUACAAAAACUUUCUCAUCUUACAAAAGCAAAAAACUACACAUUUAACGAAAAAGAAAACUUACAAGUUAAGAUUAUUGAAGGUUUAAACAGCGCUCUUCAACCAGCUAUCACUGACCUUAAAGUGUCAUGGAUCUUACCAGAUGCAUACGACGUUAUCUAUACACCAGAAAAUUUACCACCUCUUUAUUAUCAAGAUCGCUUGAACUUGUUUGCCAUUCUUGCCACAAAAGAAGAUGAUGAAAAAGAUGAGGAGUCUGGUAACUCUAUAAAAGAAUUUUGGUUUGAAGAUUUCUAUCCCAUAGAAGAAAUUGUUUUUGAGCCCUACGUAAAAAGAGACUUUCCGUUAGAAAACGAAAAAAUAUCAGACAAAUAUAACGUAUGCACAUGUUUAGACAACGAAAAUGAAGUAUUCUUGACUGAAGAUGAAGUUAACAAACUUCAUGAAAAUACUUUUGUAAAAAAAAAAAAAUCAAUGGAGAAGAUACAGUCGUGGAAAAUUUCAAAACACCCAGAUGAAAUUGAUGAUAUUUUAGACAAAGAAUUAAAUAGUAAUUCCGAUAUUAGAAAGCUUUAUUUACAACAACAUGACUUAGAAAGGUAUCUUAGAAAUAAAAAUGGUGAUAGUUCUAAAAGCACAAGCAGUAUUAAUUCGGAUACAUCUAACACAAGCAGUCUUUUCUUUUCCUUUCCAGGUUAUCCAACUAGGUUAAGCUCUUGUCGUAGUCUUGAUACACGAUCACCUCAUGUGUCAAAAUACUUUGAUGAUGAAAUUCCUGAGGACUUGAUAAGCCAAACACUUAUUUUAAAUGAUAAAGUAAAAUGUAAAAAAAUAACUCAAGCCUUGAUAAAUGAAAAUGCUAACACUCAUAUACUUGAUUAUUCAAAUGAAGAUUUAUUAUCUCAAUUAUUAGAAAGUGAAAUAAGUGAGAAAAGAAGUCAAUUACACGAAUGGGUUAAUCUUCAGGAAGAAAUGAUACAGUGCACAUGGCCUAAAACCUUCCAAAAAAAAAAGAGCAGUGAAUGGCGAGACAGUGGUUUUGGGAGAUACUCUUCUACUGAUCAACGUUCUAGCGACUUAGAAGAUGAUGUUCGAAGAAAAAGUUUUUCACAAUCUUCUAGUGGCUAUUCAGAAAAUGAAGACAUAAAUUGCAUUGUAGAUAGGUGCAAAAUUAUAGAACAAAAAAAGAAAACUUUAUCAAAUCCUCACAUCGAAAAUUUAGAAGACCAACAACCAAAAGAACCAUCAGUAGAAACUAACAGAAAAAACUCUAAACCAAAAGUAAUAAUAACAUCAUUCAUUAACAAACUACGAUCAUUUGUAAAUACGGUCUCAGAAAAGUCUAAAAAUAAAACACCAUCUUCUGAUAGUAUAACAUCACUUCCACAAACAUUGAAAAAAAAGUUGCUUAGUCGCACAACAUCUAAUGCAGGUAAUAUGACUUUAAAAAAAGAAACUGAAAAUGAAAACGACUUAACACAAAUAUUAGAAGACUUAAUAACAAAGGAAACAACAGGUAAACAUCUGAGUAAAUCAAAUAAAAAGCGAUCUGUCAGUAGAAAUCCACCUAUAAUUGAAAACUCAAGAACAUUUAGUUCUUCAUCUAUAUUUGAAAUCGGACAAUCUGAAAUCGGAGAUGUUAACAACUUGCAACUGCAUCCAACUCAAGCUCUUAUAUAUUUAUCAGGUCAACUAGGAAAGCAUCCGUUUAAGAGAAUUAUACCUUUUCAAUUACAUUUCAAUACUGUACAAAACUCAAGUGAAUUGAAUAAAACAGUGAUGCAUCAACUUGCGGCAAAAUCAAUAAUUAAAGAUCUCGAGAUGCAACUUGAUGAUGAAAUAUUUGAAGCAAAAAGUCAAAUGUAUAUCAAAUCACUUAUUGCAGAAGUAAGUGUUGCAGCCCAUAUACCAUCAAAAUACACAAUAUUAACUUUGAAUGAUGACAAGUGCAAUGAAAAACAAAUAACUAGCAUAUGUACAGAAAGCACAGAAAAAGGACAUGAAAUGCAAAAGAAGUUAAACUACAUCACAAACUCUACCAAAAUAUGGCAAAUGAUCAAUCCCCUUACAUCAAUAACAAACCAUAACAGAAUAGUCAAAAAAAGUUUUAUAAACUUAAUAGAAUUAAUGCAACAUGAUGGAAGUUGGGUACUUAGCAAUACCUUAGCAAGCAUAAUUUCUGUGAACUUUAUACAGCUACAAGAAAGCUGCCCGUUUGAAGUCUGUAGAGAACAGAUAAAUCAAUUCGAAAAUUAUGAAAACAUAUGGACUACUGCAAUUGCAUUGUCAUGGCUUGAUAUGUUUUGGAAAUCGACAUACUCUCACUGGAUAUUAAUAAACCAGAAAUCAAUGCAUUGGUUAAUGAGACAAAAUUUGCCAAAUGGGUUUGAUUUAAACGACAUUCUUUUGUUAAGUCAGCAAACAUUAAAUAUUUUAUAUACCAGGUGAAAAUAAAAAAAGAAUACCAUUAAA